UCCUCUGACGUCACUGUCAACGACUCAUACAAACAAACCAGUUGAAGUGAGAUUAUGGCUGUAUGCUUAUGGCGACCAAGCACAGCGGACGCGAGAAAACUACACCUUUGACUUGAGAGUCUCCGCUUUCAUCGACGAUCUCUGAGGUUUGAAAACAGUGAAGGAUUCUAUGAUUUCUCAACAUGAAUUUCUCUGAGGUCUUCAAGCAAUCCAACCAACUUUGUAAAGUGUCACCGGAUGGGAAAUACUUGGCUACUUGCGUGCAGUACAGGCUGGUGGUACGAGAUGUGAGCACACUGCAGAUUCUACAGCUCUACACCUGUCUGGACCAGAUAACUCAUAUGGAAUGGUCGUCCGACUCUCAGUUCAUCAUGUGUGCUAUGUACAAGAGGGGACUGGUACAGGUGUGGUCGCUGGAACAGCCUGACUGGCACUGUAAGAUCGACGAGGGCUCAAUCGGAUUGUUGGCUUCGCGUUGGAGCCCGGACGGACGUCACAUUCUAAACACCACUGAGUUUCAUCUGAGAAUCACUGUUUGGUCCCUGUGCACCAAAGCUGUGUCUUACAUCAAGUAUCCCAAAGCGUGUUACAAAGGUAUUGAUUUCAGCAGAGAUGGCUGCUACAUGGCAUUGGCAGAACGCCGUGACUGCAAAGACUAUAUUUGUGUAUUUGUGUGUGAUGACUGGCACUUAUUAAGGCAUUUUGAAACUGAGACACAAGAUCUCGCAGGGUUAGAGUGGUCUCCCAACGGCUGCAUCCUGGCCGUGUGGGACAGCUGUCUGGAGUACAAGGUGUUGCUAUAUUCUCUGGACGGCCGCUUGCUGUCAACUUUUAGCGCCUAUGAGUGGUCGCUGGGUGUGAAGGCUGUAGCCUGGAGCCCCAGCAGUCAGUUCCUGGCCAUUGGAAGCUAUGAUGAAAAAGUACGCAUCCUUAACCACAUCACAUGGAAGAAGAUUGCCAUGUUUGAACACCCAGCAACCAUCAACAACAAUAAAGUUGUUGUCUAUAAGGAAGUGGAGAAAAGAGUGCCAGCUGUUGGCCAUGAAGACCUGUCUCUACACAACAUAACAAUGGGCUCAAGCCUCCUUAGCACUCAGAGCAAAUAUGAGAUCCAUCCGCCCCCAGUUCAAAUGCCUGUGGUUAGACCAGACCCAGACAGAGCCAACCCCAAGAUUGGUGUCUCGACACUGGCCUUCAGCUCAGAUAGUCGCUACCUAGCCACCAAAAAUGAUAACAUGUCCAGUGCAGUCUGGGUGUGGGACAUGCAAAAGAUGAGCCUUGUGGCUGUUCUGGAGCAGAUGUCUGCCGUGCGGUGCUUCCAGUGGGAUCCAAGACGCUCACGUUUGGCGUUAUGCACCGGCAAUGCAAAAGUUUAUUUGUGGACCCCCGCAGGCUGCGUUUCUGUCCAAGUCCCUGAUGAAGCAGGUGGUUUCCAGGUCCAGUCUCUGACGUGGCACUGUGAUGGCGAUUUUCUCAUCCUGCUUGGGAAGGACCAGUUGCGUUUGUGCUACAUGGACACGGGCCCUGAGGAGAAGUGAUGUCAGCCUAUUUAAACAUGAACAACAGACUGGUGGGAAGACUCACUGACAAAGAAUGACAAAGGUACUUGAAGUAAGUCACACAAAACAUGACAUUCCUUGGUGACUUCGGACAAAAAAGCUUUUUGCAUCAUCAAAAACAUGCAAAAUAACUACUUCAAAACACUGUGAAAAUACUUAUGUGACUGCUAAGACUUUGACCUUUCAUUUGCCUUUUAUUUCCGAGUGUUUGUACUGUUUGUAAAUUAUUCUGAAUAAAAUAAAAUUAAAAUAAUAAAGCCUAA